GAGAGAGAGAGGGACACACAAAAAGAAAAAUAAGAUAAGAAAAAAUAAUAAAAAAUAGAAAGCGAGAGAGAGGGACCCUGCGUUUUGGUGGAGGCGUGGAGAGAAGAAGGGCAGCUGCAUCAGAGGACGGUUACAGCGCGGGGACACGUGACCACGUUUGCUUACACACCUGAGUUGCAGGUGUGUCGACCACAGGGUGGCUUUGUGGCGGUAUUGUGACAAUUCAGAGAAGUUCGGUUGGAAGCAUGGCCCAGCAGAAGAUCAUCUACACUCUGCCCACCGUGCGGUUCAUCUCCGUCACCAACCUCUGCUACUUUAUUGAUGGCUUGACCGCAGUUCUGCUGUGGAUCCUGGGAGGUCCCGACCACUACUUGGAGAAUGACAUCCUGCACUGGUCGUUCGCGACGUCCACUUUCGACAUGGCGGGGCUGUCAGCCUUGAAGACAUGCCUCCUUAUCGGCCUGUUUAUGGCGCUUGAGCAUGCGGCGCUGAAGCAGUUGGAUCAGCCCGAUGAUCUGACGUUGGCACGGCGAAGAAAGACCCUUCAAGUUGUUUGUGGGUUCCUGGCCUUGAUGUGGCUCUCCUACACGGUGGCUAAGGGAGCAGUCGUUCUAAAAAGUGGCAGCUACAAGCACAUGCCUCUGACAUUCCACAUUAUGCUCAUCAGUUCCUUUGCGUUCAGCUUAUUUGAGUUUGUCCUGAACAUUCUUUGCCACAGAUUCCUGAACAAGCUGGAAUUGCUCAGAAUUAUUCACAAGGUGGAGGACACACAGGAGGAGGAAGAUAAGAGGAAAAAGAACGUUGGUAUCUGCAGGGUUCUGUCUCUGGCCAAAGAGGAGACCGGUAUUGUGGUCCUGGGAAUGAUAGCCCUCCUAGGCUCCAGUGGCACUCAAAUGGUUUCCCCAGUCUUUUUUGGCAAGGUCAUCGAUGCUGCCAGGAACUCCAUGAACGAGCUGAACGAAGCCAUCUUCAUCCUCUUCGGCAUCUACGUGGGUGGGGCUCUCUGCUCAUUUGUGCGUUCGUACCUCUUCACAUUCGCCGGCCAGCGGAUGGUGGCGCGCCUGCGUACGCGGCUGUUCGAGGCCGUCAUGGCCCAGGAGGUGGCCUUCUUUGAUGAGAACAGAACCGGCGAGAUCACCAACCGCCUCUCCAACGACACCCAAGUGAUACAGAACGCCGUCACAGUGAACAUCUCCAUGCUGGUGCGGUACGCGGUGCAGAUCCUGGGCUCACUCGUCGUGAUGUUUGUGCUGAGCCCCGCGCUCUGCGGGGUCCUCAUCGCAUCCGUGCCCUUCGUUGCCAUCGGAGCCGUGCAGUACGGGAACUUUGUGAAGCGGCUACGCAAGAACUUUCAAGAUGAAUUGGCGUCGGCAGGCAGCACGGCGGAGGAGGCCGUGUCCAGCGUGCGCACGGUGCGUGCGUUCUGCGGGGAGGGACGCAUGAGUGCGCAGUACGACAGCGAUGUGCAGCGCAGCUUCAACAUCGGACGCAAGAUCGCGUUGGCGGAAGGUGCAUUCAGCGGGCUUGUUGGAACAGUGGCACAGGGGGCGGUCGUGUUGGUGCUGUGGUACGGAGGGAAGCUGGUCUAUGAAAACCUGCACGGGCAAACGGGCAUCUCAGUCGGAACCCUCACCGCGUUCAUGCUCUACACCCUGAACGUGGCCAUGGGCUUCGCGUUGCUCGCGUCGCUCUACGGGGACUUCAUGCAGGCAGUCGGCGCGUCCCAGCGCGUCUUUGAGCUACUCGACCGGCAGCCUCGCAUCCCCAACACGGGCGGACGAGCACCGCCCAGUGUGCGCAUGGAUGGCAGAGUCUCGUUCAACGACAUUCACUUCUGCUACCCGUCCCGCCCUGACACGCCGGUUCUGCAGGGCGUGUCGUUCUCGGUGGAGCCGGGCACCGUCGUGGCACUCGUUGGGCCAUCGGGAGGCGGGAAGUCGACGAUCGUGGCGCUGCUGCAGCGCUUCUACGACCCCAGCGCCGGAUCCAUCAUCUUCGGAGGGACAGACUUGCGGGAGCUGGACCCCCAGUGGUUCCGUCAGACCAUGGCCGUCGUGAGCCAGGAGCCCGUGCUCUUCGCGACCACGAUCCACAAGAAUAUCUCCUACGGUCGCGAGGCCACUUUUGAGGAGGUGGUGGAGGCUGCAAAGCAAGCGAAUGCGCACGACUUCAUCUUAUCCUUCGAGGAGGGUUAUGAAACGUUGGUGGGAGAACGCGGAGUGCGACUCUCUGGGGGUCAGAAGCAAAGGAUCGCCAUCGCUCGGGCGCUCAUCAUGAACCCAGUCCUGCUGCUACUCGAUGAGGCGACGAGUGCCCUGGACGCGGAGAGCGAGCACCUGGUGCAGGAGGCGAUCGACCGAGCGAUGCAGGAUCGGACCGUGCUCGUCAUUGCCCACCGCCUCUCUACCGUGCGCAGCGCUUCACAGGUGGUCGUGGUGGACAAGGGCCAGAUCGUGGAGCGUGGUACCCACGACGCGCUGUUGGCGCACCAGGGCGGCGUGUACCGCCGCCUCGUGCUGCGCCAGCUCAGCGCUGGGCACACCAGCGCGCCCUGUGCGGGCGACGGGGACGCGGGCAGCGAUGGCGAGAACGGAGACAAGGACGAAGGGAAUGGCGCGGAGGUCAAAGUGAAAGAGCCGAGUCCCCAUGACGCGGAGCGGACGGAUCCAGGACAGAGCCAGGAGGCUGUUGGUGAUGACGAAGCCGACGACGAUCUGAUUGACUUGCAGUCAAAUGGCUGACUCAAGCGCGGCGUGGUGGAGUUUGCUGUGUAGUGAGAGUGAUGAAUGACCUGUAUAUGGGUACUCUCGAGGUGCGACUGCUUUACUACAUGAAACUUUUCGUUUGUACAAACGAAGGGAAAUUAUUGUACGUUGAAAAACACCGUUGAACGGGUUCAAACGAGAAUUCUUAUCGUCCAUAGCGCUGUAUUUACACACAAACCCUGGUCGCCUCGGGCAUGAGCGAGUUUACAUCUGUACCAGUUGUCUGUCACAUUUAUCCACGGAGGAGAGAGGAGAUCCAAAUGAGUGCGAUUACGAAUUGAUUUCAAUGUUGCACACGGCUAAAGUCCUGGAUGUGAGACGUCGGUAUCAUGAUGAUGCCACGUGUACAUGGUUGUUCUUCUCACCAGCAGCAUGAAUUGAUGAGCAUUACAAACGUCCUGUGGUCAGGCAAUAUGUGGUCAGGCAAUAUGAAGUAGUCGACACAGGCGCAUUGAAACUGUUACUGGGGGUGCCGCGGUGGCGAGAUGCUAAUUGCCUCGCCCGGAAUGCAGGGGAUGCAGAAGGUCGUGGGUUGAAGUCCAACUCUGACACAUUUAUUUUUUCUUUGGGUUGUCCGAUUUUUACCUCGACAUUUAGAAACAUGCAUUGGGUAUUUGGCUGCUAUAAAUUUCCACACAAGCCACUUAAUCGGGAUAUCAUUUGUGGCCAGGUCUCUUCUGAAAAAGAGUUAUAUAGCUCAGUGGGCAUAUCCUGGUAAAAAUAUAUUUUUUUAGUUUAGAAGUUUAUGGGGCAAGCAUCCAUGUUGUUCCUUGUCAAGUAGCCAAGUGGCUGUAUGGAGAUGUUAUUGAAGGGGCACAGCGUAUGGCAUUCACCCCGCCCAAAUGAUUUGGGACUCUCUCACCCUCGACUCAUGGGUCUGAUGCACUGGUGCUGCUCAUGAUGCAGUAUGGUACAUGCUGCGUGACUGCCAUAUUAUAGAUGUAUGCCAUGUGUGCGCACAGUGUGUGUACAUGCACUACACAGCCGCCUUGUGUGACCACAUUCCCUCCUGUGUGGGGCACCUUUGGCCCCCUGCACCAUCACGACAGCGUUCGUCCUGCUCACCUCACCUCGGCCACAGGUGAAUGUGGAUAUAAGCAGUGGCGUAGUGUGGUGGCAAUGGGUCCCUUUGGCUCCAAGUAUUGAAAUGUCCCAUAUCAGUGUGGCCCACGUGCCUGCCCAGUAAAUAUGCGAACGUUGAGUCAACGUUAGCAUGUGGUGGACCCGUUGGCCCAAGGUUCCAUGUUUACUGUGCGGGGGCGCCUUUGGCCCCCUGGGGCCCUGAGUGCAGUUGCACCGCCUGCGCACUGAAAAGCUCCUGCCACUGGAUAAGAGCAGCAUUACAAUAUCGGGAAACCUCACGUUGGUACGGAGCAAGAAUGGUUCCCAAAACGUUUUGGGCGGUUUCUGCUUCAUCAGCGUGGCCUCGCCUGGGAAAUAAGUACAUUAUUAUUGAGAGAUGAUCACGGGUGAGUUAACAUCCGACCUCAGUGAAUUAAUUUAUCUCAGGAAUAAUCCUUAUCAAUGUUUCUUCCUAAGUGUAUAUCAAUGUAUGCAUUCCACUGUAUUUUGGCAUAAAUGUAUUGUGUUUAAGACGGUACAUUGUGCUGUUCUCAAAAGGAGUGUAAAAGGUCUUGCGUGUUACGUGUAACAAUAAAACACCUCAAACUGAA